AUGAACAGCUCCAGCGCCCCCUUCGAGUCAUCCCAGUCCAUGAUGACUACCAUAUCUUUGACCUACCAACAGGACGCAGCACCCUCGGCUGAUUCCGACGACCCUCAAGAGUUCCUGAACCAUGAAUGUUUACAUUCUUCACCUUGUACAACAAUCAUAGACUACCAACCCCUUGUUGUAAGCCCCAUCCAUCAAUCAUUUGAUCUGGGCUUCCAAGACUCCGUCUGUGAUCCGACUGUGUUUGAGUUGACCAAUGCUGAGACGCCCCAACCUGGCUACUACUAUCAAGGCCCACCUCAGCAAUUGCCCUACCCCAAUGGCUACCAGCCUUUGGAUCAGCAUGUGCAAUUUGACCAACAACAACUACCUCUGCACCAUGCCGAGACCACGGCACAGGACCUCCUCUACAGUCCUCCCUCGGAGCGGUUGAACAACGUGGUGCACGAGACACAAUGCUUUGAUGGCAUGGAGACUCAGGUGCCCCCGUAUACCCACGGUGCACAGGUUAUCCCGUAUGCCCCUCACCCAACACCAGUGUACAAUGUGCAACCGUACACUGGGCUGGUUGUCAUGCAUCCACCCAAAGUUAACGUGGAGUAUAUCGAGCUAAAUGCCAGGUAUCUCUCCAUGGUGCAAAAGGAAGCCGCCCCACACCUCGGGAUGACACAUACCACCUUAAGCAAACGCUUCAAGGAGGCAGCCCCAGGCAGACAAUGGCCGCAACGCAAGGUGCUCGCUAUUCGCAGAGACCUUGAGGUUGCCCGAAUGAAUAUGAUGAGAGCUGGCAAUGUACCGUCCAGGGAAGCCCUGGACCACAUUGAGCAAUUGGAGAUGGAACUACUGAGAUUGCUGGAACCAGUGAUGAUCCGCGCAUCAACACGGUAG